GCCCCGGGAGGUCGAGGCGGAGGCCCCAUGGCGGCCCGGCUGCGCGCGCUCGCUUCGUCUGGGCUGUACCGCCGACGCCAGAACCGGCGCAGCUCGCUGCCGCCCGCCGCUGCCGGCAACAUGUCCAAUGCCUUGGCCAAUGCCGUGUGCCAGCGCUGCCAAGCCCACUUUGCCCCUGCAGAGAGGAUCGUCAACAGCAAUGGGGAGCUGUACCACGAGCACUGCUUUGUGUGCGCCCAGUGUUUCCGGCAGUUCCCCGAGGGGCUCUUCUACGAGUUCGAAGGCCGGAAGUACUGUGAACAUGACUUCCAAAUGCUGUUUGCUCCCUGCUGCAGAUCCUGCGGUGAGUUCAUCAUCGGCCGCGUCAUCAAGGCCAUGAACAACAACUGGCACCCUGGGUGCUUCCGCUGUGAGCUGUGUGACACGGAGCUGGCAGACCUGGGCUUCGUGAAGAAUGCGGGCAGGCACCUCUGCCGGCCUUGCCACAACCGAGAGAAGGCCAAGGGCCUGGGCAAGUAUGUCUGCCAGCGGUGCCACCUGGUCAUCGAUGAGCAGCCCCUCAUGUUCCGGAACGAUGCCUACCACGCUGACCACUUCAGCUGCACCCACUGUGGGAAGGAGCUGACGGUGGAGGCCCGUGAGCUGAAGGGGGAGCUCUACUGCCUGCCCUGCCAUGACAAGAUGGGCGUGCCCAUCUGCGGCGCCUGCCGCCGACCAAUCGAGGGCCGCGUGGUCAACGCGCUGGGCAAGCAGUGGCAUGUGGAGCACUUUGUCUGUGCCAAGUGUGAGAAGCCAUUCCUGGGGCACCGGCACUAUGAGAAGAAGGGGCUGGCCUACUGUGAGACACACUACAACCAGCUCUUUGGGGAUGUCUGCUACAACUGCAGCCAUGUGAUCGAGGGUGAUGUGGUGUCAGCCCUCAACAAGGCCUGGUGUGUGAACUGCUUCUCCUGCUCCACCUGCAACAGCAAGCUCACCCUGAAGAACAAGUUUGUGGAGUUUGACAUGAAGCCGGUGUGUAGGAAGUGCUAUGAGAAGUUCCCCCUGGAGCUGAAGAAGCGGCUGAAGAAGCUGUCAGAGCUGGCCUCCCGCAAGGCCCACCCCAAGGCUGCCGACCUCAACUCUGCCUGA